AUGUCCAGGAAUAUCCUCCUCCACCCAACCCUGCCGUCCUCGACCCAACUAGUGCUAAGACGCGCAGGUUACGAAACACUCGACGAUCUAUCCAACGCUUCCGCGGAAGCUCUUUCUAAGGAACUGGGGAUUGAUAUUUCCGACUCGCAAUCCAUAAUCACCGCAUCACAGCGGCCUCCAGGACCGGCUUUGAGUCAAUCUUUGGCUUCUUUGAUAUCUAGAUCACAGAGUCUUGCGUGCAGCUACGCUGCUGUAAACACGGCACUCGGUGGCGGUCUUCCGAGGGGACACAUACUAGAAAUAUCUGGACCCCCAGGCAGUUUCAAAGAAACCCUUGCACUAGAUUAUACUCGAAUUUUCGUCGAGGCAAACGAGGAGGUUAUAUUUAUUGAUACCCAGAAUAUGACAAGCCUUGCCACGAUCAAGAAAACCUUCCACAACUCCUCUGCGGCUGCUGACUACCAGGAUCUCGUUCGCUAUACACACCUUCAUACCCUCCCGGAUCUAAUGCUAUUCAUACACAACCUACUAUCUGAAAUUCACGCAAAGACGGGGCUUCUCGUCCUCAAUUCAAUUUCAUUUCCGUUCCUAUCUCAUCCAGAUAUUCAGUCCUCUAAACGGACAGCGCUGUUGGAGAAGAUCCAUCAGGUAUUUUUGCAAGCAAGUGCACUGAAUAAUCUGACAAUUAUCACAACCUCCCAAAUGUCAACGAAAUUGCUCAAUGCUGACGGCUCUCCUGGAAACUUUGAGACAGGAGCAAAAGCUGUGAUGGUACCACAGCUAGGUUCAACCUACCUACCGGCUGGCCGAUCCUAUCGAUUGGCAAUUGUGCCAGAAUCUCGAACAACUGGGCAAGACAAGGUUCACUGA